UAGAGAGAGUGAGAUAAAAAGAGAGAGAAAUAAGGAAAUAUUCUCUUAAGAUUUCAUUUCUCCCUGAAUUUUCUCUCUCCUCUUCUUUUUUUCUCUCUCUCUCCUUUCAAGAUUGUGAAACAACUUAGGGAUUGUUUGAUUCAUUAAAGUUGGGACAAAUUAGAGUGGAGAUAUGAUGUCUGAAUUUGAUGGCCUUUCUGGUCUGUCCACAAUCAGCAAUUUGAUUGGUCAACAACAUCCAAAUUCCAACCCUAAUUCACUUGUUCCUCUUAAGAAGAAGAGAAAUUUACCAGGAACACCAGAUCCAGAUGCAGAAGUAAUAGCAAUGUCUCCGAAAUCUCUCAUGGCGAAGAAUAGAUUCAUUUGCGAGAUAUGUAACAAGGGAUUUCAGAGAGACCAGAACUUGCAGCUUCACCGACGAGGGCACAACUUGCCAUGGAAGCUUCGACAAAGGACGAGCAAGGAAGUGAGGAAGAAGGUUUACGUGUGCCCGGAGAAGAGCUGCGUGCACCACGACCCGGCGAGGGCGCUCGGCGACCUCACCGGGAUCAAGAAGCACUAUAGUAGGAAGCAUGGUGAGAAGAAAUGGAAGUGUGAGAAGUGUUCCAAGAAAUAUGCAGUUCAAUCAGAUUGGAAGGCUCAUUCUAAGAUAUGUGGGACAAAGGAAUACAAAUGUGACUGUGGGACUCUCUUUUCCAGAAAGGAUAGCUUCAUUACUCACAGAGCAUUUUGUGAUGCAUUAGCUGAAGAAAACUCAAGAAUAAAUCAUCAUCCAACCUUCAUAAACAACUUUUCUCCUACUUCUUCACUACUUUUCCAACCAAACUUCGCCGUCGUCGCCACUGCCACCACCGCCGCCGCCAUUGCCGUCGAUCAAACCUCCCUCGUCCACACUUUUCCUAACAUUAUCUCCGAGCACGAAGGCGACCACAAGCCUCGUCCUCUACCACUGUCGUCGCCGCCGCAGCUCCCGCUCUGGCUCGACCCUCCACCAAAUCCUAACCCCUUUUUCUCCGCCGCCACUGCCAUCCACAGCUUCUCCGACAACCCUACAUUCUUGCCGGAAAAUCACCACCCUUUUUUGUCGGAACCGCUAACGACGGCCUCCUCAUACACAGCGGCGCCCCACAUGUCCGCCACCGCACUUCUCCAGAAAGCCGCCCAAAUGGGUCCCACUAGAACCCCAGCCACGCCGCCAAUUCUCUUCAACGCUGCGGCUGCUACCACCGGCGCGGUAUAUGGAACGAGCAAUUCCGCCGUCUUAUCAGAUGUCCGUCCGACGACGAUGAAGCCAUUACUGGGCGGAGCAAAGGAGGAAAUUGGAGGGCAGAAUUUGACCAGAGACUUCCUCGGCGUCGGAAAUCAGGUGGUGCAUCUCAUGCCGGUGGGUUCAAAUCAAUAUAGUGAUCAGAGCCGCCGCCAUUAGAGCGACGAUUUUCAGUUUCAGCUCAACCACACACUGCUAGAAAAAAAAUUGUAAUAUGGAUAAUAGAAAUAAAUUAAAUUAAUGAAAUCUUAGAAUUUUAUUUUUUCUUACGAACGGUUUAAAUGUAACACAGAAUGGAACAAGAAAAUUAUCCUAACGAAUUAGGAUUGAAAAUUUUUUCUUCCACUACUGAUGGAGUUUAGUGUUAGUUUUUUUUAGUAGGGAAAAAAUCAAAUGAUAUGUAAUAUAUAUUUUUUUUGGAAAUAUUAUAAAGAUUUCGACGAGUUACGUUUA